AUGAACUCCCAGAGUGCCUGUGGCGGCAAGCCAACAGACUCAGAUGCAGGCAGCGAGCCAGACCACUCGGCUACUAGCAAGCUGGAGCAUCUCGAGGGCAAAGACACGGGUCUCUUCAGAAUGCUCAAGGCGGAGGUGGAGUCCCUGAAGGACAUGGCCAAGCGCACUCAGGUAAAAGGACUCAAGGAGAGCGUCGACACGGUGUGGAACAUCAUAGGCUCUAUUGAGAGUAAUAACGUUGAGCUUAAAGUGGAAGGAACCAGCAAGCAGGCAACAAGCUCGUAG